AACAUUUGACAGCAAAGACCAAAUAAAUGUUACCUCUCGCACGUCCGGGUCAAACACUGUUUAUCCAGAACUUUAUCCUAGACCAAUAUUACCUCACGUUAGUCAAGAUGGGCAACUAUCUCUCUCGCCCUGCAAAGAACAAGACACCAUCCAAACUUUUAGCCCUCUCGCGCGAACUCCGAAACAACAUCUACGACAGGAUUUCCCGCGACCUACAAAUUGAAUGACUCUGGGAUACCCAGGGGUACAAUGAUACCAGUUACGCUACUUUCGACGUGGUCAAAGUGGCAUUCCAGAACGCGCCGGAGCCCGGCGUACUAGAGGCAUGUACUCGUCUCCGAAAGGAAAUGCUGGAGCAGGAUCAAUUGCUCAAUAAAGCGCUAUCCGUGUCCAUCACCAUGAUGACUCGCGUGACAAAAUCACUGUCUCCAGAGCAGAUAGAAGUACAGCAGGAGAAAGAUAACACCACCCGCGCCCGUAUCAAAACCGCGUUCCGCAAUGUCCAUCACGCCAUCCUCUGCAUACAGCAUCUCACCCCAAGUCCACCCUGGGGACCAAGCAGCACAACUAGACUCCUCCGAUGGUCUUCCCUCGGCAUACCGGUAUUACAGACCUUCCGCCUCGCCCUGUGUAAGUCUUUCACUAUGCGGGAUGAAAAGCUUAUCCGUCAGAUUCUACUGCGCGGUCCGCAGAAUCACACAUUCACUUCUAUUACAGCGCCUCCUCUGGUGUUGUUGCAACGGGGUUGUGGGCUGCGCAUUGGAUUUGACUCGUGGAGGGCGGAAGAGGAGGUUUGGCUGAGCUGGCGGUUUCAGCGGGUUCUGCGACAUGGGGUUUGUUUGGUGGAGGUGUAUAUGUAUGCGAGGGAGGGGGAAGGGAGGGAGUGUCUGAUGUAUUGGACGGUGGAGGACAUUGCGGAGUAUUUUCCUGUUGAAGGGUGUCCUGAGGCGGUACUGGGAGACGUAAGCGGAGCAACCGCUGAGCGGCUGCGAGGGUAUGAAUCGGAGGUGACAAAUCAAUUUGAGCAGCGGUGGGCAACGCGGAGUGGAGAUUGGGUUGCAGUGUAGUAGAUCCUUGAUCGUUCAGUUUGUUCCAUAGAUACAACAGAGGUAUAUCAGGUUCCA